CUAUUUCACCUCCCAACCAAUACCCACAGUAUUAGGUGUAGUCGUUGUAGCCUUGCAUCUUUUAAUCCCUGCAGAAAUCCUCAGUUAAUGCUUGUGUUUCUCAGCCUUGAAUAAUCUCCGUUCCUUUAUUUCCCACUGCCGCCACCAUCCUAGACCACCUUUCUCCUGCCUCCCUUGUUGCGCGCGCCUUUGAUACUCCAUCUCUUGCUAUUCCGACCUCUUUUACUAUCGAAUAAUCUCAUUAUAGUGGUUUGCGCAUCACCUACAAUGGAGUACGACACCAUGAUGAUGGACGGCGAGUCCCUAGGACCGUCCGUCAAGAUCUCAGCGGCCGACAGCACGCACGUCGAUUUUGAGCUGAGCAACGUUGAUCUAUCCUUUGCAAACUCGCUGCGUCGUGUCAUACAAGCCGAGGUCCCCACCAUCGCGAUUGACUUAGUCGAGAUAGAGGCCAACACAUCCGUCCUGGCCGACGAGUUCAUCGCCCAUCGUUUAGGUCUCAUCCCUCUCGAUUCUCGCGAGAUCGAUCAACUAAAUUACACACGCGACUGUGACUGCGAUCAGUCCUGCGGAAAGUGCACUGUCACUCUUACUCUCCAUGCGAAGUGCUCAUCCGACGAAGUCAUGAAGGUUUAUGCGAGAGAUCUCAUUGUUGGCAUCGAUAGACCGAACAACCACAUCGGGAACCCCAUCAUUACAGAUCCUGAUGGACAAGGCUCAUUAAUAGCGAAGCUACGCAAGGGCCAAGAGCUGAAGGUAACAUGUGUUGCGAAGAAGGGUAUUGCAAAGGAACAUGCAAAAUGGUCGCCGACUGCUGCUGUCGGUUUCGAGUAUGAUCCGCAUAACAAACUACACCACUUGGAUCUGUGGUAUGAGACCGACAGCGCCUUAGAAUGGCCCAAGAGUAAAUACGCAGAUUGGGAGGAACCUCCAGCAGAAGGCGAACCGUUCGACUACGACGCAGUCCCUAGCCGGUUCUAUUUCGAAGUAGAGAGUGCAGGAAACAUUGAGCCCGAUACCAUCAUCCAGGAAGGAAUCAAGGAACUACAACGGAAACUGGCUGGCUUGAUUCAUGGCCUAGGUGAGAAUGACGAUAUGAACGGCGACUACGAUGGGCCCAGAAGCCCCGAUGGUAUGGAUGGAGGAGCACCUUGGCAGGAUCAAGGCGGCUUCACUACUCCAUAUGCUGGUGCAGGCAAUACAAGUGCCUGGGGCGGUGGAGGUGCCACCGCAUACGGUACUACACCUUACGGUAACUCGGGAUCAGCUGGAUGGUAAAGAUGGUUGAUUGGUGGAGGGAGGCCGGAUCUAACCAUAAAAUUCAGUGGGUUUCAUUGCAUAUCGCUUUGUACUAUACCAAAAAUUGCUUGUUGUAUCAUUUCAUUGGUGGUCUUUGUGGUUCGUCACUCAUACUCAUCGCGCAAGGAGUUGGGCGUUGAAAUUUCAAUCGGAGUAUAGAACUGCAUUCAACAAAUCUAGACAUAGGUUGCAAGGUAACCGUUGACUGGCGCUGAGCAUUACUUAUCAUCAGGGCUGUAAGCUAAUUGCACGAUAUAGAUAGGUCAGGUCGCUGAAUGACGACGAAGUUCCAAUAGUAGUCUUGUACCGGUCAAAUACAGUGAGUGGUCUUGAUUACAUUAUC